AUGUCGAACGGUGCCAAAAGAAAGCGAGAAGAUGAGGAUCGCGCAUCCGUCCACAGUGAUAAGCGACAGAAAUUGCUCGAUUCGCGGAAAAAGCUGCCCAUAUGGACACGACAAACAGACAUACGGAAGGCCCUUCAGGAGCACAGUGUGCUGGUGCUGUCUGGAGAGACGGGAUCGGGAAAAUCCACGCAGAUACCGCAAUUCCUACUUGACGAGUCAUGGUGCCUUGGGAAGAUAGCCGUCACCCAGCCUCGCAGAGUCGCCGCCAUUAGCUUGGCUCGGCGUGUCGCCGACGAGAUGGGCACGCUUCUCGGUGGCAAGAAUGGCAAGGUCGGCUACAGCGUCCGAUUCGAUGAGAACACAGGUCCCGCAACUCGUAUCAAGUUCUUGACCGAGGGAAUGUUGUUGCAGGAAAUGUUGAAGGAUGUCGAGCUAAAGCAGUACAGCUGUGUGGUGGUGGAUGAAGUUCACGAGAGGAGCGUGGAUGUCGACUUGAUCCUCGGAUUCUUGAAGCAGAUCCUGGAGACCAACACGAGGAGAAAGGACAAACCUCUGAAGGUGGUCGUCAUGAGUGCUACAGCUGACGUGGAAGGGAUCAAGAGAUUUUUUGAGCAACCCGGUGCAGAGGAAGUGGAAUCCAAAAACAGUGCCACCUCAACCAAAGUUACUACAUGCCAGGUCGAAGGCAGGCAGUAUCCUGUGAAGCUACAUUACCUCGACAGAGCCACCGAGAACAUCUUCGACGAGGUGAUGCUUCGGGUCUUCAAGAUUCAUCGCGAAGAACCACUUCCUGGCGAUAUACUAGUUUUCCUAACUGGCGCCGAGACCAUCGAGACACUGAGGAAGAUGUGCGACGAAUUUGCCGAGACCCUGGGCAAGAACGUCAAAGAUCUCCCCAAGAUGCUCGUCCUGCCGCUUUACGCCGCACUGUCACAGGCAGCACAACAGCGCAUCUUCGAGAGAGCGCCUCCAUUCACGAGAAAGUUGAUACUUUCCACCAACAUUGCUGAGACAUCGGUGACUGUGCCUGGUGUGCGGUACAUCGUGGACGCCGGGAAAGUCAAAAUCAAGCAAUAUCGUAGCAAGAUUGGGCUCGAGUCGCUGCUCAUCAAGCCGAUCUCGAAAUCCUCGGCAGAUCAACGCAAGGGUCGAGCUGGUCGAGAAGCUCCCGGCCAAUGCUACCGCUUAUUCACGAAAGAUGCAUACGAUGCACUUGAACAGGAUGCCAAGCCUGAGAUCCAGCGUUGCGAUCUCAGCAAUGCAGUCCUGAAGAUGAAAGCUCGAGGAGUACAAGACGUGGCCGGCUUCCCAUUCCUCACACCGCCUUACAAGGAAGCCAUGCAAAAGUCGAUUCUACAACUGCAUCAGCUAGGCUGUUUGGAUGGCAAGCUCAACAUCACCGAGAUUGGACGGCAAGUCGCUCGAUUACCACUGACACCUCCCUUGGGACGCGUUUUGAUCGAAGCUGCCAAGUCAGAACGUGACUGUCUGCUAGAGGUCAUCGACAUCGUUGCAGCCUUCGAUGUGGAAAACAUCUGGCUCCCGACCGAGACCGAAGAGGCACGAGAAAAAGCAGAAGAAGCCCGGGCUCAGCUCCGAAGGCGACAGGGCGACCAUUCGACACACCUUGCGGCCGUUCGCGCGUAUGCCGAGGAGAAUGCCGAUCGCAAACGAUGGUGUAAGGACCACAUGAUAAGUCACAAGUCGAUGCAGACCGUCAUGGACGUGCGAAAACAGCUGCGCUCCCAGUGCAAACAUCUCCUGUCCACGGCAGAAGCCACCGAACGGGACACGAUCGACGAAGCGACCGCGGAGAACAUCCUCAAAUGUUUCAUGGUCGGCUUUCCCAACAACAUCGCCCGGCUGUGCCCGGAUAAAAGCUACAAGACGCUGGCGGGGAACCACACCGUGAGCAUCUUCCCGGGCAGUGUCCUACACGGGCAGCGGCUAAGGAAGGCGAUCAUUUUCAACGAUUUCGUGUAUACGAAGAAGCCGUACGCCAGGAAGGUCAGUGCCAUCGAACUGGGCUGGCUGGGAGACGUCGGAUUGGUAUAG